AUGUUAAAAUCUGCAGUAGCUCAGACAAGCGCCCGAAUAGGUUGGGACGAGACGGAAGAACUGCGGCAGAGGAAAUUCGAAGAGGCAUUCAAUAGUGACGAAGAGGCCGGAGUUGAUCUCAUUGCCAAUUCUGAUUCAGAUGAUGAAGGGAACGAGAAAAGCCGACAGGCAUUGUUGUCACUUCUCGGCAAGAAGGAGGUAGAAGAUAGUCUGCAGGUUGAUUGGGAUGACAAGUGCGUUAAUGGUGAAAGCGAUGAAGAUGACGGAAUUGACGAGCAUGAUGAGGAUGCAAAGAGUGUUGAAAACGUUCCUGUCGAAAAAUUGCCCAUCGUGAAAACUGAUUAUCAGAAUGAAGGAGACGAGGAUUCAAAAAAAGUAACGGUUAAGAAAAAACAGAAGAACACUUACCAAGCUUAUUUGGAAAGACGGAAGCAGAAGAAGGCAGAGCGGAAGCAGAAAAUAAAAGAAAUGGAAGGAAUAGAGCGACAUGCCCUAAAAGCUGUGGAAGAGCAAGCUAGGGCUAAGCAAAAGGAAAAUCGAGCCUUGUACAAAGCAGCGAAGCAAAAGGAAGAGAAAGAAAGUGUUUUAGCAGAAGCGGUUGCAUGUGACGUACGUUUCAAAGCGCUAUUCACUGAUAGCGCGUUUGCGAUCGAUCAGAGUUCUAAAAAUUACAAGGGCUCUAAGCUUAUUGAAAAACAAGUGUCCGCUAAGCGACAGGCACAAGUUCAAAGCCAGAAAACAAGUAGCUCAAGCGAAGCUGACCUCAUAUCGAAAUUGAAGAGCAAAUCCUCAAAGUGGAAACGGUCAAAGUAA